AUCCUGGGGCGCAGCCAGGAUGAGCUGGCGGCGCUGAUGGCAUCCAUGGGGCAGCCCACGUACCGCGCCAAGCAGCUGCGGGACGCCGGCGCACGCAGCGUGCACGACGUGACCACGCUUUCCAAAGACCUGAGGGCCCAGCUGGCGGAGCGGGGCGUGCGCACGGGCCGCUCGGUGCUGCACCACAGCGUGGCCUCGCCCGACGGCACCCGCAAGUUCCUGCUGCAGCUGGCAGACGGGCGGGUGGUGGAGGCGGUGGGCAUCCCCGCAGACGGCGGCGACCGCCGCCGCCUCACUGUCUGCGUCAGCUCCCAGGUCGGCUGCCCCAUGCGCUGCACCUUCUGCGCCACCGGCAAGGGCGGCUUUGCCCGCAACCUGCUGCCGCACGAGAUUGUGGACCAGGUGCUGACGGUGCAAGAGGAGUUUGGGCAGCGCGUCAGCAACAUUGUGUUCAUGGGCAUGGGCGAGCCGCUGCUCAACCUGCCCUCGGUGCUGCGCGCCCACGAGAUACUCAACAAGGACGUCGGCGUGGGCGCGCGCCACAUCACCAUCAGCACCGUGGGCGUGCCCAACGCCAUCCGCCGCAUGGCGCGCCUGCAGCUGCAGUCCACGCUGGCGGUCAGCAUCCAUGCGCCCAGCCAGGCCCUGCGCGAGACGAUUGUGCCCAGCGCUCGGGCCUACCCUCUGGAUGCGUUGAUGGCAGACUGCCAGGAGUACUUCAGGCUGAGCGGGCGGCGCGUGACCUUUGAGUACACGCUGCUGGCGGGGGUGAACGAUGGGGUGGGUCAAGCGGAGGAGCUGGCGGCGCUGCUGAGGCGCCACGACCUGCGCAGCCACGUCAACCUCAUCCCCUGGAACCCCGUGGACGACUCGGAGUUCCAGCGACCCACCCGGCGCGCGGUGCAGGCGUUUGCGGCGGCGCUGGAGCAGCGCGGCAUCCCCGUCAGCGUGCGCCACACGCGGGGCCUGGAGGCGGCCGCCGCCUGCGGCCAGCUGCGCAACCAGCACCAGAAGACGCCGCUGGCGGAGUUUGCUGUGCCUGCCUGA